UUUAAGCUAAUGACGUCGAAAUGUGACGCCCUCUUUUUCCGCUGUCAGAGAGGAGGUGAGGUAAUUUAGGUCCAACAUCCACCGUUAAUCUACAAUGGCCGAGGAAGGCAUUGCUGCUGGAGGUGUGAUGGAUGUUAACACCGCUCUCCAGGAAGUGCUCAAGACCGCACUCAUCCAUGAUGGCUUAGCCCGCGGGAUCCGCGAAGCCGCAAAGGCGCUGGACAAGCGCCAGGCCCACCUCUGCGUUCUCGCCGGCAACUGCGAUGAGCCCAUGUACGUGAAGCUUGUGGAGGCCCUGUGCGCCGAGCACCAGAUCAACCUGAUCAAGGUUGAUGACAACAAGAAGCUCGGUGAAUGGGUAGGCCUCUGCAAAAUCGACAGAGAGGGCAAGCCUCGCAAGGUUGUUGGCUGCAGUUGCGUUGUCAUCAAGGAUUAUGGCAAGGAGUCUCAAGCCAAGGAUGUAAUUGAAGAAUACUUUAAGGCCAAGAAAUGAAGUGUGAAUAAAGUUGCCUGAAACAGAAA